UUAAUUAAACCAAAAAUAAUUACGAAGAACACGAGAGUUUGCACACUCUAAGACGAGUAACGAAGAAAAUACAAGUUUUGUUUACAUCUAUCUAUAGUUUGAGGAUUAGUUUGCUAUUUUGCGGGAUAUUAUUUGUCGUUAAGCAAAGAUUUUAAUUCUUAAAAAAAAGAACAAGGAAAAAGAAGAUGGAUUUCUUGGAGUAUCCAGACAUUUUCGCUGAGGUUAAGGGUGCUAUGACACCAGGCAGAUUAAAGUUGACCGAUCAGCAUUUAAUCUUCAAGAAUCAGAAGACUGGAAAAGUGGAGCAAAUUUCUGCCUCUGAUAUGGAAAUGGUAAACUACCAAAAGUUUAUUGGCACUUGGGGUUUGCGUAUCUUUUUAAAGAAUGGCACUCUGCAUCGCUUCAAGGGCUUUAAAGAAGCCGAUCAAGAAAAGAUUGCUAAAUUCUUCACUGUCAAUUAUAAAAAGGAUAUGUUGGAAAAAGAACUGAGUUUAAAAGGUUGGAAUUGGGGUACUGCAAAGUUUACAGGAUCUGUCUUAAGCUUUGAUGUAAGUCAUCACACUGCUUUUGAGAUACCUUUAUAUGACGUGUCGCAGUGUACUACAGGAAAAAACGAAGUUACCUUGGAAUUUCAUCAGAAUGAUGAUGCACCAGUCAGUUUAUUGGAGAUGAGGUUUCAUAUUCCUGGUGGCGACAGUGCAGAUUCGGAUCCUGUUGAUGCAUUUCAUCAGCAGGUGAUGGAGAAGGCAUCUGUAAUCAGUGUGAGCGGUGAUGCAAUUGCCAUAUUCAGGGAGAUUUAUUGUCUAACACCGCGCGGUCGCUAUGACAUAAAAAUUUUUCAGUCCUUUUUUCAAUUACACGGCAAAACCUUCGAUUACAAAAUUCCCAUGUCAACCGUCCUGAGACUCUUUCUACUGCCGCACAAAGAUAAUCGGCAAAUGUACUUUGUUGUGAGCCUGGAUCCUCCCAUAAAACAAGGUCAAACACGAUAUCAUUAUCUAGUACUCCUAUUUAAUCAAGAGGAAGAAACUUCCAUAGAGCUACCUUUCACAGAAAAAGAGCUAAAGGAAAAGUAUGAAGACAAAUUGACUAAAGAAUUAACAGGACCAACAUACGAAGUGCUCGGCAAGGUGAUGAAAGUAAUUAUUAAUCGAAAAUUGACCGGACCCGGACAUUUCACCGGUCAUACCGGGGCACCCGCGAUUAACUGCUCCUUCAAAGCUGCAGCGGGAUUCCUGUAUCCGCUCGAACGAGGUUUCAUUUAUGUACACAAACCUCCGAUACAUAUUCGCUUCGAGGAAAUAGCCUCGGUGAACUUUGCGCGCGGCGGCGGAUCUACAAGAUCCUUCGAUUUCGAGAUCGAACUUCUGAGCGGCGUGGUGCAUACAUUCAGCAGCAUUGAGAAGGAGGAGUACGGCAAACUGUUUGAUUUCAUCACUGCAAAGAAGCUUCGCGUCAAGAAUCGCGGCAAGAGCGACAAGCUCACUUACGACGAAGACUUUGGUGACAGCGAUCAAGAAGACGAACCGGAUGCUUACUUGGCGCGAGUUAAGGCGGAAGCGGAGGAGCGUGACGGUGUGGAGAAUCAAGAUUCCGAGGAAGACUCGACCGACGAGGACUUCAAUCCAAAUCAAGAUGAAAGCGACGUUGCGGAGGAGUACGACAGCAAUCCCAACAGUUCCGAAAGCGAAGAAGACUCAGACGCAUCUGAGGCUAGUAACAAAAAAAAGAAAAAGGAGAAGAAGGAAAAAAAACCCAAAUCGGCGAAAACGGUGUCAGAAAAGCCGCGAAAACGAAGGAAACCGAAGAAGGAGAAAGAUGCGAAUAAGCCGAAGAGGCCGCCAACGGCGUUUAUGCUGUGGCUUAACAAUGCGCGCGAGAGUAUCAAGGCCGAGAAUCCUGGAAUAGCUGUGACAGAAAUCGCGAAGAAGGGUGGAGAAAUGUGGCGAGAACUCAAGGAUAAGUCCGAAUGGGAAGCAAAGGCAGUUAAGGCUAAAAAAGAGUAUGCGGCGUCGAUGAAAGAAUAUGAAGCGAGCGGUGGCGGUAAAUCUAAAGAGAAGGAAAAGACGGAGAAAAAGAAGGAGGUGAAGAAGGAGACGAAGAAGGAGGUGAAGAAGGAGACGAAGAAGGAAUCACCUGGCAAGUUAAUGAGUGGCACUUCUUUCAAGAGUAAAGAGUAUAUCAGUGAUGACGACAGUAGCAGCGAUGAGAGUAAGAAGUCUGAAAAAAAGUCGCCCGACGAAAAUGAGGAAAAGGAGGAAAAGGAGAAAAAGAAGAAAAAUGAGAAACGAGCUGCAAAGGAUACCGGAAAGAAAGUAGUGAAGAAGCGUAAACAAGAUCAGUCGGAUGAUGGAGAAAGCGAUACGGAAGAACCCACGGAGAGCACUCCGCCGUCGUCCGACGCAGAUUCUAAAGACAGUGAUUAAUAUGUUAUGCCAAAUCAAAUGUAAGCACUUUGUUUUUUCUAAAAUAUUAAUAAUCGACCCAUGUUAUUUUAUUUUUGUAAUAUUAAUCGGUAUAAAUAAAGGCCGUUUAUCUUUUUGCAAAUAUAAAGCAAAACUAACAUAUCAGCUAUUCAUAUUUUAAUUAUAAUAAAAUGAAGUAUUAAUGAAUAAGAUUAUUAUUAAUAUUAAGAUCUGAAUGUUGCAAAACAAAUAAUAAUUUAUCGCAUCAUUGACACGAUUUUUGAACGAUUUUCAAAUAUAUGUUUCCUUGCUAAUGAAAAGAAGAUGUAAAGAAAAUGUUUUUCCACGCAAUGGUUUUAUUUGUACUAAGAUUAUUUAUUUCCAUGUUCCUCGGUAAUUGUAUAGUUUAUAACAAUUAACUUUUGCAACAAUUGUUCCUUCAUACAAUUUCUUCUUAUUGUAAUGAAAAAGGAGUUAAGAAUGUAACAAGAUUUGCACCAAUUAUUAUAUUGCGCAAGUAAUUAAAUUUGCUAUUAAGCAUAACAUACA